UCGGUGACGAUGCCACCGCUAUUCGUAGUGUGUGCCAUAACCGGGAAUUACUUAUUGGAUCCUUAGGCCCGAGCUUGUUGUGCAGUUGAGUAUCGUGUGUGUGCAGUAUAAGUUGUGGAGAUCUGGUUUCUAAGCUUAGGACCGCAGCAGACAUGGAGGGUUUUGGAUGUCUGAUUUGCGUGGCGCAGUCCACAGUAGGCGUGAUCGAGAAAUGGGGGAAAUUUUCAGGACUUGCGCAACCUGGUUUGCACUGCCUGAAUCCAUUUACUGGUGAAUGGUUGGCGGGGCGCCUCUCGCUGCGUGUGCAGUCUCUUGAUGUUCGCUGCGACACUAAAACUAAAGACAAUGUGUUCGUCUCGGUGGUUUGCUCAAUUCAGUAUCGUGUAGUUCGUCAGAAUGCCGACGAUGCUUUUUACGAGCUUCAAAAUCCAAAGGAGCAGAUCCAGUCUUACGUCUUUGAUGUUGUACGAGCAUGUGUUCCUAGGAUGAUACUGGACGAUGUUUUUGAACAGAAAGACGAUAUUGCUAAAGCUGUCUCAGAGGAGUUGGAGAAAGUAAUGGGGGCCUAUGGGUAUAGCAUCGAGCAAACGCUGAUCGUUGAUAUUAUUCCAGACUCAACUGUACGCCGGGCUAUGAAUGAAAUCAAUGCAGCACAAAGGAUGAGGAUGGCAGCAUUCGACAAAGCAGAGGCAGAGAAAAUCCUGCAAGUGAAGAAAGCAGAAGGAGAAGCGGAAGCCAAGUAUCUCAAUGGUCGUGGAAUCGCUAGACAGCGACAGGCCAUUACCGAUGGGCUUCGUGAGAGUGUUCUUCAGUUUUCUAACAACGUUCCAGGAACUACAUCGAAAGACGUUAUGGAUCUCGUCUUGAUAACCCAAUACUUCGAUACAAUGAAGGAAAUUGGUGCCGGCUCCAAGAACACAACCGUCUUCCUUCCUCACGGACCCGGCCAUGUUGGAGACAUAACUCAGCAGAUACGUGACGGCAUGAUGCAAGCCAGUGCCUCCUCCGACUAGGACUCGAGUAGGCUGACAUACCGUUUUUGGAGACUUUUUAGGAAUUCUGGAGAAUCUUCAUGAGCGAGAACUGUAAAUAUGUGUACUGUGGAAAAUAUGGUGGUAAGCUUUAUAGACGUGCGGAGUAGGUUUAGCAUUGAUCAGUUCAUUUUCCGGAGUAGCAAAACAAAAUUGAAGAAGUACACACUAUUUCGAUUUUUUAUGGACUGUAAAAUAUUCCUUGUUUUCUGGGUCGUUCAUACUACUGGCCAUAUCACCUGUUAUCUCGUGUAUCAAUAAUAGAGCUGUUGGGAAUCGGACUACGACAAUUUCGUUGAG